UUACUGGUGGUAUUGUUGUUGUCCGGCACCGGUAUGUGUGAUCUAAUUAUCAAUGAAGAUAUGGACAAUGAGAUCGACAAUUUGAUUGCCGAUAACGAUCGUAUGGCUCUACCCUAUAGGAGAGCUCCCGAAACAGUCAAAUUGUUUGACAAUGAAAUUUGCAAAGUCUAUUACCGAAAAGAGUUAAGAAUUGCCGACUAUUUGACGCACAAGUAUCACAAUAACCGUCAUCUGAGAGUAUUGGCCGCCAAUAUGUCGCUGACACGGAUGCGAUUGUGGGACAAAGUGUGUAGUGGUAACAAUCAUUAUAUAGUCGGACUGUUUCGGGCGGCCAACCGGAAUCUGGACGAAACCAAACAAUAUGCUAUCUAUGCUUUUCAUGCCAUACAAUCGGCCAGUCAUCCUAAUUCGGGUUUUACAGUUCCACAUUUGAUGUGUAUUGCUGAUACCUAUUACGAAAAGUAUGCCAAUUCGUUCAAUAAUACAGAUUAUCGUCAAACGGCUAUAAAUAUUUUGCAUACACUGUCUGACUCGUGGAUGCCAUACCUCAGGAUUGUUAUGAAAUUGAGAUCAAGCGAUAGGAUAACCAAUUGUAAUGCAAUCAAUGUUACAACAGUUGAUCCACUAUAUGGCCGACGACUGUCCAAACAGAUGGCAUUAUUUGAUGCAUUCAAUGCAUUAGUUAAAGUUUAAUAAAAAAAACUACAUUUUAAAACAUUAAAAAAGUGUUAUUAUUAUUAAAU